AUGCUACCCUCAUUAACAAGGUGCUCUACCAGUCGUUCUUUCCAAAAAUCAUUCUUCAACCCAUCUUUCCGCCCGACCUUCGCGUCCAGCUCUAGAUUAACACGACCCUCGUCAUCAUCCUCAAUACGACUCUUGUCGACCACUCGUCCAUCAUUCGACACCAACACCAACAUUCCUUCUUCCCCAUCACAGAUUACCCGAAAGGAUUCCAAUGCACCUCAUCCCUCAGUAACAUCUGAAAUCAUCCAUCCUCAGUCUCCCCUCAGCGAACCUGCACCUAAAAGUAUUUUGGACAAUUUACCGAGAUGGGCAUCACCCGCUAAGCCUUAUUUGGCGUUGACGAGGAUAGAUAAACCCAUAGGGACGCUGUUAUUGUUUUGGCCAUGCACCUGGUCAAUAACGAUGGCUUCCACCCUCCUCCACCUUCCCAUCACCACACCAUUGUUCUACAUCAGCUUAUUCGGAUUGGGAGCGUUGAUCAUGCGGGGAGCAGGAUGUACGAUCAAUGAUAUGUGGGAUGCCAAGAUGGAUGCAAAAGUGGACCGUACGAAAUCACGACCUUUAGCUUCUGGAGACGUCACGCAGUUCCAGGCAUUGUCAUUUUUGGGUUUACAAUUAUCAGCUGGGUUGGCUGUGCUCACUCAGCUGAAUUGGUAUUCAAUUGUCCUGGGGGCGUCAUCGUUAUCUUUAGUCGUGUUAUACCCUUUCAUGAAGAGGAUAACGUAUUAUCCUCAAGUUGUAUUUGGAAUGACAUUCAACUGGGGUAUUUUCCUCGGUUGGUCAGCCGUAGCCGGCGUAACAGAUUGGACGAUUACUGCUCCGAUGUAUCUCGGUGGUAUAGCCUGGGGAAUAGCAUAUGAUCUGAUAUACGCUCAUCAGGACAAGUUGGACGAUGUAAAAGCAGGUGUAAAAUCCAUGGCACUUCGAUUCCCCGAUAACUCCCGUACAGUGAUUUCAGUACUUUACACCACCUUCGUAUCGAUGUUAACCCUCACAGGUCACCUCGCGGGGAUGGGUCCAUUAUAUUAUAUGAUUUCAUGUGGAGCUACAGCAGCUCAUUUGGCUUGGCAGACUAUAACUGUCAAUUUUGAUGAUAGGGCGGAUUGCUGGAGGAAGUUCUGCUCGAAUGGGUAUAUCACCGGUGGACUUGUUUGGUUGGGUAUUGCGGCGGAGUAUGUGCAGAAUGUUUUGUUGAUUUAG